CAUUGCUUGAGAAACCCAUCAGCAAAAGACGAGACAGUGAAGCUGUACAGAAGGCCAAGAUCCUUUAUGCAUCCUGCAUGAAUGAGAAUAAAAUUGAAAAAGCUGACAUGAAACCCCUGUUAAGUAUACUGAGGCAUUCACCUUUCCGCUGGCCUGUGCUGGAAUCCAAUAUUGGGCCUGAAGGACUGUGGUCAGAAAGGAGGUUUAGCUUGGUGCAAGCCUUGGCAGCUCUUCGUGGCCAACACAGUAACUCUGUCUUCAUUCGUUUAUAUGUGGCUGCUGAUGACAAAGUCUCUGAUCGGUAUAUCCUGAAGCUUGACCAAGCAAGUCUCUCUCUGGCAUCUAGAGAAGAUUACUUAGAAAACACCACAGAAGCCAAAUCUUACCGAGAUGCCUUUUUGCAGUUCAUGGUUGAUACAGCAGUGCUUCUGGGUGCAAAUGCUUCACGAGCAGAAUCUGAUAUGAAAUCAGUUCUAAGACUGGAAGUUAAAAUAGCAGAGAUCAUGAUUCCAUAUGAAAAUCGAACAAGUGAGGUGAUGUACAAUAAAAUGAACAUAUCAGAGCUUAGUGCCAUGAUUCCGCAGUUUGACUGGCUGGGAUACAUCAAGAAGGUUAUUGACACCAAACUCUAUCCUGAGCUCAAAGAUAUAGGCCCUUCAGAAAAUGUGAUUGUCCGUGUUCCCCAGUACUUCAAAGAUUUAUUCAGGAUACUAGAAAAUGAAAGGAAAAAGACUCUUGCCAACUACCUGGUGUGGAGGAUGGUUUAUUCAAGGUUGUUUAACCUCAGUAGACGAUUUCAGUAUCGGUGGCUGGAAUUUUCUCGAGUGAUCCAUGGGACAACAACUUUGCUGCCUCAGUGGGAUAAAUGUGUGGACCUGGUUGAAAGUGCACUCCCCUAUGUUGUGGGUAAGAUGUUUGUGAAAGCCCAUUUUCAAGAAGACAAGAAAGAGAUGAUGGAGGAGUUGACUGAAGGAAUUCGCUGGGCUUUUAUUGACAUGUUGGAAAAGGAAAAUGACUGGAUGGACUCUGAAACAAAGAGAAAAGCACAUGAGAAGGCAAAAGCGGUUAUGGCAAAAGUUGGUUACCCUCAGUUUAUAAUGAAUGACACAUAUAUUAAUGAAGACAUCAAAACACUGAAGUUUACAGAAAGUGACUAUUUUGGCAAUGUACUGCAAACUCGCAAAUACGCAGCCCAAUCUGAUUUCUACUGGCUUAGAAAAGAAGUUCCAAAGACAGAGUGGUUUACAAGCCCAACUACUGUAAAUGCUUUUUAUAGUGCAUCUACCAACCAGAUCAGAUUCCCAGCAGGAGAACUACAAAAGCCUUUCUUUUGGGGAACAGAGUAUCCUAGGUCAUUAAGUUAUGGUGCCAUAGGAGUAAUUGUUGGCCAUGAGUUUACACAUGGAUUUGAUAGCAAUGGUCGGAAAUAUGACAAAAAUGGAAAUUUAGACCCUUGGUGGACAACUGACUCUGAAGAAAAAUUUAAAGAGAAAACAAAAUGCAUGAUUAAUCAAUACAACAAUUACUACUGGAAGCGAGCUGGAUUAUAUGUGAAAGGCAAGAGGACUUUGGCAGAAAACAUUGCAGAUAAUGGAGGUUUGAGAGAAGCUUUCAGGGCAUACAGGAAAUGGAUUACAGAAAAGAGGGGAGGAGAAGAAGAGCCUUUACUGCCAGGCCUUGAGUUCACACACAACCAGCUUUUCUUCCUGAGUUAUGCCCAUGUAAGAUGCAACUCCUUUAGACCAGUAUCUGCAAGGGAGCAAAUCUAUGUUGGAGCUCACAGCCCUCCGCAGUUCAGAGUUAUCGGUGCCAUGAGCAACUUUGAAGAGUUCCGCAAAGCUUUCAAUUGCCCAGUGAACACGACGAUGAACCGAGGGGCAGAAUCCUGCAGGCUGUGGUAG